AUGGGCAAAGUUAGCAAAUCUACUGUAAAGUUCCAAAAGAACAAACUCAAGCAAACCAUUGAACGUCGAAAGAAAAAUGCAAAACUCAAGCAACAGAUCAAACGAAGACAAGAAACCCGACUUCAUGGUCACGGUCAUAAAAAGUCUUCUUCCACUGAAACAACAUCUAUUGUGGAACAACCAGAAGAAGAAACCAAAGAAUCUCAAGUUAUUGAUAAUGUGGAUACCUAUUUUGCUAACUAUAUAUUAAACGGUGAAGAAUCAUUGGAUUUGGAAAAUGAUGAGGAGCAAGAUGUGAAUGCUCUUGAUGCUUUUGAAGCAGUACAAGAUGAAGAAGCGAUUGAAAGAGAAAUGGAACUCGACUUGGCCAAUGAAAAUAUGGAAUCAUCAUCAGACGAAGAAUCCGAUGAAGAAAUGGAACUUAGUGACGACAAUGAAAACGAUGACGACGACGACGACGACGAUGCGCAAUUGAUCACAAAGGUCAUGUUACAAUCUUGGACAAGGGAUGCAGCAAAAAAGUCACCUCAAGCAUUCAAGAAUUUAUUAUUAGGACUUCGAGCUGUUGCAUAUGAUGAUUCUACUAGCAAAAACACCUAUCGUAUUAACAGCAGCAAAGUUUACACCAAAUUGGUCAAAGUUACUGUGGCAUCAGCUUAUCCUAUCUUCAGUCAACACCUUAUUGUCAAUAAAAAAGUACGACAUCCAGCAAAAACUCGAUUUUGGACAAAACUGGAACGUGUGGUACGACUCUUUUUGAACAAUGUGGUAAGAUUCCUUCGUGAUUUGGACCAAGAUGAUAUGUUGGUGGAUAUUCUGAAUGAACUGGAACCGUGUGCAAUGUAUUUUGGAUGUUUCCCCAACUUGUGCAGAGAAUAUCUUCGUGUUCUUUUGGAUCGAUGGUCUGACUUUACACUGGCAUCCGACACUAGAUUAGUAUGUUACAAGGCGAUUCGUACAUUAGCAACUAACGCAAUAGAUGCCAACAGCAAGCAAAACUUUUUACCUCAUUGUCUCAAGGCUGUCUAUCUAGUAUAUGCAAAAAAGGCUACCAAGGUGAAUGAACAUACUUUGGUACCUCUACAACAAAUGAUGGAAGAAGCGACUGAUUUGUAUACCAUUGAUCCUAAGCUCAGUCACGAACAUGGUCAUGUCUAUAUUCGUCAACUUGCUGAUCAUUUGAAACAAGCCAAAAAGUCGAAUACAGUGGAAAGUUUCAAGACUAUCUACACUUGGCAAUAUAUUAGUUGUUUGGAUUUCUGGUCAAAUGUCAUCGCAGUUACAUGUAAUCCCGAAAUUGGUACGACUUCUCCUAUGCAAGCACUUCUCCAACCUGUGGUAGAUUUAUCCCUUCAUACUUUAAGAUUGAAUCCUACUUCUCAAUUCCUUCCUCUUCGUAUACAUAUCAUCCGAUCUCUGGUGGCAUUAAUUGAUUCUACAGGUUUCUAUAUUCCUCUGGCACCUUUUAUAUUCGAAAUAUUUGGCAAUGAAAUUUUCAAGGCAGGUGUAGAAAAUAAUGAAUCACUAGAUGAUUUUGAAUGGGAAUAUCAUCUCAAGGUACCAAAGGUUUAUCUCAACAGCAAAGUAUAUCAGAAUGCGGUCUAUCGGGCAGUUUAUGAUAAUCUUGUGGAUUAUUAUGCAUGUUUUGGAUUAUCCAUUGCUUACCCUGAAUUAGCCAUUCCUGCAAUCAGCAAGGUAAGGAGUAAAAACUAA